CGGCGGUUUAGUCAUUUCAGCAAAGUGAAUCGCCCGGUGAGCAUGCAAUACUAUUGAAGGGAUAGUUUCAGACAUCUUAAGGAAUUUUCGGAAAAGUAAGCAUUGGCUAUACCGGCAACAACACAGAUGACUACCAUAGUGGUAACCCAGCAGCCGGUGGGCAGACAAAUGCUGAUCGGGUCCGUCCAAGGCCACAGGGACUGGACUAGCGGGAUAUGUUCCUGCUUCUCCGACUGCAAAUCAUUUUUGCUGACGUAUUGUUGCCUGCCGUGCGCCAUCUGUAACAUCUCGACACGGGCGGGAGAAUGUAUGUGCAUGCCCUGGUUUGUCCCUGGGGGACUCCUGGCUCUCAGGGCUCGCAUCAGGACCCUUGGAGGUAUUCGGGGUUCCAUCUGCUGUGACUGCAUGGCGAUGUGGUGCUUUCCCUUGUGUGCAAUUUGUCAGAUGCAGAGAGAACUGGAAUCUAUGGGCCUUUAACUUGACCAGCAGUCCGGGCCAUUUAUGUUAGUGAAAUGAUUUCGAAGAGAUAUCAUGCACUUUCAUUUUCCUUGCAUAUAAAUCAAGACGAUGCAUGUUGUUCUUUUUAAAUAGAGAAACUUUACGAGUGUUUAGUCUGUAUAUGUUUCCAAAAUAUUGUUUAUAAAUCGUGCGAUAUAAAAGCAUGAGAACUAUGUUUUAUUAAUUUGAUAGUCAUGACAAUAACACUAUUUACUGAACGAUACUAGUAUGUGGAUUCUCGAAUUGGCUUAAUUCUACUUCUACAUCGACCUGUUUUUGUAUGACAUUUUAAAGGUUAAGGUAGAAUAAUUGACGCAGAUGAGGUUAAAAAUACGUUUGUGAAUCAAAUAUAAAGAGGUUAUUUUCUAAUAAUUGAAGUGUUCGUACUUGGUGGUAUUUGAGUUGCGUGAACCAUGUUCAGAUCGUGUUAUCUUAAUUUGGCUAUCAAUAUGAGCUUAGCCUUAGGUGUAGAAGCUGUAACAUUAAUGAUUUUCUUCUAACAACAUUUAUUCUUCCAAAACUUUUUUUCAAAAAGUAUGAA